AUGGACCACGAUACCAAUCGACUACGCCUGAACUUUCAGUUUGACAAUCAACAUAACUUUGAUGCUGCCAAUGCAAGAAUGUAUCCCACCACCCCCUCAACCUUCCCGCAGCCCAUCUAUGGCGGCCAACAACAAGAUCACAUGGGAGGAAUGCUGUCUCCCAACCCUGCCAACAACAAUGGAUACUUCGUGCACCAACAAUACUCCCAGCAACAACCGCCGCCACAGCAACAGCAACAGCACCCCCAUCAGCAAUAUCAACAGCAACAACCACAAGCACAAGCACAACAACAGGCGCAAUAUCAAUAUCAGCAGCAACAGCAGCAGGCAAACCUACAGUCGCCUCAACCCGCCUAUCAAGCCAAUUCCAGGCCGUAUAUGGCUAAUAACAACAACGAUGGCACAAGUGGACUGAUCCAACAGUUUUCCAACCAAGACCUCGGAGCGACCCCGCGGCCCAAUGUCAAUCGGACCCCUUCUCCUGCCAACUCUCGACCACGCACCGCUGGGGACGCUAGACAGGCCCCAAACCCCUACCAGAGCCAUUUGGUACCUCCCAUGCCCAGAGCUGCGCCCAAGCCGGAGGAAGAGGAACAACCAAAUCCACGAAAAUACUCCGACAACAUACUGAAGCGUGGUACAGCCGCAAAACAAUUGGUCAACAGUUUCUUCCAAGAGAACAUUGAGCGAGCUAGGGAUAGAAAUAGUCGUGCAAAGGAGCUGGACCUUAUCUUGAAAGACCCCAAUGUUUCCGAGCUUCAAAAGCAGAAGGAUAUCAACACUCUGGCUCAGAAGGAAGCACGGUUCCUGCGCUUCAUCCGAACAAAAGAAAGCCCACAGAACUUUACCACCAUCAAGGUAAUCGGCAAGGGAGCCUUCGGAGAAGUCAAGCUUGUGCAGCGCAAAUCAGAUGGGAAAAUAUACGCAUUGAAGUCGCUCAUCAAAUCGGAAAUGUUCAAGAAGGACCAAUUGGCUCAUGUACGAGCUGAACGAGAUAUUCUCGCUGACUCCAAGGACAACCCUUGGCUGGUCAAGUUGCACGCUUCCUUUCAAGAUACGGCAUUCCUGUACAUGCUGAUGGAAUUCUUGCCCGGUGGCGAUUUGAUGACUAUGCUAAUCAAGUAUGAAAUCUUUUCGGAAGACAUUACUCGUUUCUACAUGGCUGAGAUUGUCAUGGCGAUCGAGGCUGUGCACAAGUUGGGAUUUCUGCAUCGUGAUAUUAAGCCAGAUAACAUUUUAUUAGAUAGGGGUGGUCAUAUCAAGCUUACUGAUUUUGGCCUAUCAACCGGUGGUCGCAAACAGCAUGAGAACUCAUAUUACCAGGCGCUCCUCAAAUCAAACACAAACGACAAGUCUGGCAACCGGAACUCCAUGGCUCUCAAUGAACAAAUCAACUUGACUGUUAGCAAUCGUGGAUUGGUCAAUACCUGGCGAAAGUCAAGGCGCCACAUGGCUUACUCGACGGUGGGAACACCUGACUAUAUUGCCCCUGAGAUCUUCCUUGGUCAGGGCUAUACCUACCUGUGCGAUUGGUGGUCAGUUGGAGCAAUCAUGUUCGAAUGCCUGGUUGGUUGGCCACCAUUCUGUGCCGAGGAUACCCACGAUACCUAUCGAAAGAUUGUCAAUUGGCGCGAGUCGCUAUAUUUCCCUGAUGAACUUGUAUUGGGCAGAGAUGCUGAAGAUAUGAUCCGAAGUUUCCUGUGUGAUGCAGCAGAUCGGCUUGGGAAGGAAGGUGGUGCUCAUGAUGGUGCCUCUAGUAUCAAGAAACACCCAUUCUUCCGUGGAGUUGUGUGGGAUCAAUUGAGAAAGAUUCGGGCACCAUUUGAGCCUAAACUUUCCUCCAACAUUGAUGUUAGCUACUUCCCCAUCGACGAGAUUCCACAGGAAGACAACAGUGCCAUGCACCGGGCACAUGCCAAACAAGUCCUACCAGAGCAAGACGCCGAAAUGAGCUUGCCGUUUAUUGGAUACACAUACAAGGCAUUCAAUGCUUUCCAAAACUCAUAA